AUGGCUGGUUCUCAACUAAAGCAGCUUAAAUCUGCAUUAAAAGAAAAGGGACUCAUUGGUCAAACGAAUACCAACAAGAAGAAAAGUGCCAAGUCGAAAACAUCUAGAAGGAAUGAAGUUGAUCGAGAUUUACGACAACAAAAUUUGCAUGAAAUCAGAGAUCAAUUUAACAAAUUUGACCAGAGGAUAAAUCGAACAAAGCAUGAUAUAACAAUAGCUUCAAAAGAUGGAUUUGUCAAAGUUGGGUCGAAACAGCAUAACGCAGUCACGGCGAAGAAUGGUGCCAUGCAAAAACAAAUGAAGAUGCAGUAUGAUUUGGAAAAACAAAAACGGGGUAGAACCGGAGGUGUUUUAGAUAAGAGAUUUGGUGAGAAUGAUUCGCAUUUAACUCAGGAGGAGAAAAUGUUGGCAAGAUUUACCAAGGAAAGACAAGCUGCGUCUAGUGGGAAAAAGAAGGGAUUGUAUUCAUUGCAAAGUGAUAAUGAAGAAGAAGAUGAUGAUUUUGAGGGUGAUGAUGGUGGAUUUCAAUUAACUCACUCAGGUCAAGCAUUGUCAUUAGAUGAUGAAGAAACAAUCAAAUACGUUGAUGAAGAUCAAGUAGAGGAAGAAGAAGCACCACCACGCAAAAAAUCCAAAAAUGAAGUCAUGAAGGAAAUUAUUGCCAAAUCGAAAUUCUACAAGCAGCAAAGACAACAAACAUUUGCCAAGACUCAAGAUCAAAUUGAGGCAUUAGAUGAUGACUUUGGUGAUAUAAUGCAAGAUUUGCGAUCAGCGCAAGGUGCAAUUGCCAAACCAGCAUUUCUGCAAAAAGCACCUGAGGAUAUUGAAUAUGAUAACAAAGUUCGUGAAUUGACAUAUGAUAGAAGAGCAGCACCCGCAGACAGAACCAAAACUGAGGAAGAGUUGAGGCGUGAACAUGAAGAAAAGAUGAAGAAAUUAGAACAAGAUAGAUUGAAAAGAAUGGAAGGAUUUAAUGAUCGUGAAGCUGAAGCUGAUGAUUUAGAUGGUGAUGGAUUCUGGGGUGGAGAUAGUGAAAAUGAAGAGAAUGGGUUUAGUAUAAAGAGUGACGAUGAAGAUGGGGAAAAGCAUUUAGAAGAAGAGGGAAGUGAUGAGGAGAACAUAACAAAAUCAGAAUCGGCUUUGAAAAAACUGCAACCUGUUUUAAUGCCUACUUCCGUGGAUGAUUUUAUUGAACAGAUGGAGCUACUUGAGACAGAUCAGCAGGCUAGUCAUAUAAAGAAGAUUUGUGAGUCUUAUAAACCAAAUCUAGCAAUGGGAAACAAGGAGAAAAUGAAUCAGUUUGUUUCUAUUCUUUUUGAGUACGUUAUGCAUUUAGCUGAUUCAUUCCAGCCAUUUGAAUCUAUUGUCAAGGUUUUGAAAAACUUGGCCAAUACAUAUAAUCAAGAGUUGGUUGAACGAAUGAGAAGUUAUCUUUCCGACAUUGAAACCAGGAGUCAAGGAGAAACUACUUUGAAACCUAGAGACUUGAUUUAUUUUGUCAUUGUUGCAAUGCUAUUCUCAACCUCAGAUCAUUAUCAUUUAAUUGUGACUCCUAGUGUGAUUUUAAUGAACCAAAUCUUGAGUAAUAUAGUCUACCAUCCUCGCGAUGUAGGACAAUUGGCUCAAGGUGUAUUGCUUGUGGAUGUAUUGUUGCAAUAUCAACGAUUUUCCAAAAGAUAUGAUCCUGAACUGGUUAAUUUUAUUGAACAUCUGAUAAUGAUGUUGGUGCCUGAAUCAGAAAAGUUUGACAAUACUAAACUUCUAUCAAUGGCUGAUCCAUCCACCAACUAUGAUUUACCAAAAUCAACCAAAUUUACUAAAGACCAUUUAUUAUCCAUAAAAGAGAUUUUCACCACGAGUGACAAAUUAAAGUCAAAGCUUUUAAUCAAACUUAUUAAUCUCAUGGAUAAAAGUGUCAAGUUAUGGCGUGAUAAAUCAUCCCUCGUUGAACUUCUCGACUCAUAUAUCGCCAUACUCAAACAUAUCAUCAAAUACACCACGAUUGAACCAAUACCACAGCUUUUGACCAAAUUCACCAACCUCCACACACAAGCAAUCAAAUCACGCAAACCACUAACAUUGCACCAUCACAAAUCAAUCGCUAUUGCAACAUAUGCACCCAAAUUUGAAGAAAAUUUCAAUCCUGAUAAGAAAUCUUAUGAUGAAAAUAAAGAUCGUCAAGAAUUGGCCAAGGUUAGGCAACAAUUGAAGAAAGAAAAGAAGGCAGCAUUGAAGGAUAUUCGAUAUGAAAAUAGAUUUGUUGCUCGUGAACAAAUCGAUGAAAAGAAGAAGAUGUAUGAUGAAUAUCAUCGUAAGAUGGCUAAAAUUGUUAAUACUAUUCAAGCUGAUGAAGGUGCUGAAAAGAAUCAAUAUGAGAGGGAAAAGAAGAAACAAAGAAAGUAA